UGGGAAUAAGUAUAAUGGUGAGCAUGAAGAUGGUGGUGAAUAUGGGUAUGAUAAUAAAAAUGAACAUAAAUAUAAUAAUAGGGACAGACAUAGUAAUAUGAAUGACAGCAUAGAUGAAAAGCUGAAAAAUGGUAAUAUUUGGCAGCGUACAAUUGUGUGCAAACAUUAUAGUUGGUCUCAAAAAACAAAAUGCAAGAACCAAAAUAAAUAUGUUUCAAAAUGCAUAGGAUGUAUCUGGCAAAUAAAUAUUUCAUGCCCAGAAAAAGAGAAUUCUCACAAAUAUGUUUAUAUUAUAAAAAUUAUUGACAAGCAUGAAAAUUAUGAACUUAAUUUAUCAUACCUUUCUUUUCAAGAAUCUCUUGAUUUUCCUAAAAAUAUACUUAAAGACAUUGAGUUUUAUAUAAAAAAAAUGGAUUGCAGUCCUCAACAAAUCCGAGUUGCUAAAAAGAAAGAAGAGAAUCUCUGUUGGUAUGUAGCAGUAGAUUGGGAUCCUA